AUGUCGAAUAUAUCAUAUGUACCUUCGAAUGAAGAUUAUUUUCAAUUAAUUGAAACAAAUGAAAAUGGAAUAAAUUCAUCAUCAAUAACAAGUUGUGAAAUGUUCGAAAGACAAUAUGAUUUUAUUCAAUCAAAACCUGAUAAUUAUUUAUAUGAUUAUAAUUUGAAUUCAAAUAAAAAUGAUAAUAUUAAUUUGAAAAAUGUAAAUAUGGAAAUAAUGACUAAAGAUAAUAAUAAUAAUAAUAGUGAAGAAAAAUCAAUAAAAUCAAGUGAAAACAUGUGUGAUGUAUCAUCAUCAAUGAUGCGAUCGAUUUCUUCUAUUUAUUGUCGUUCGUCAUCGUUUAUUUCAUCUAAUAAAAUGGAUAAAAAAGAGCGAUUGAUAUUCGAUGAUCGUCGAUUAUUAUCAAGAUCAUCAUCAUCAUCAUUGAAAGGUUUAUCUUUAAUUAAAAGUGAAUCAAAUAAAAAUGAUCGUCGAUCAACAAUAGCUUCAAUUAAUUUAUCAAAUUUGAAUAAUAAUAAUAAUGAAUAUAUUAAAAAUAAAAAUUUUGAUAAAACUAAAAGUGAUCAUUCAAUUAAAUUAAUUAAAGAAAAUUCAUUUAAUUCAAUUGAUAAAAUAAAUAAUAAUUAUAUUAAUUCUAAUUCGGAUUUAGAAGAAUAUUAUGAUAAAGGAAGAACAAAAAUAAAAUUAAGUUUACCAAUUAAAUCAAUUAAAACAAAUAAAUAUGAUAAAACAUAUGAAAUUUCUAGAUAUAGAAAUCGAAAUCAAUAUAGAGAUAAAGGAGAAAGAAUUAAAUCUAUUAGAUCUGGAUCAAUUCAAGGAGAAUUUACAUUACCAACAAAUCCUCCAAUAACAGUUACUAUUGAACCUCAAACAAAUAAAAAUGAAAAUAUUUCAAAAGAUAAUUGUUUUCAUGAUGAUCAAAUAUAUUCACCCGAAAAUCUUAAUAAUCAUUAUGAACAAAGAUUAACAAAUGAUUCUCCAUUAAAAAGUUCAUCAACAAUUGUUUCAUAUUUUAUGGAUCUUUUAAAACCAAGUGAUAAUAAAUUAGCUUUAAAAUUAUUUGGAAGUCGAAAAGGUCUUCUUAAAGAACGUUUAAGACAACAAAGAGCUGGACAUUGUAUUAUUCAUCCAUGUUCUAAUUUUCGUUUUUAUUGGGAUUUAAUUAUGUUAACAUUAUUAAUAACCAAUGUCAUCGUCCUUCCUGUUGCCAUUGCAUUUUUUAGUGAUGAAAUUAAUUCAGCACGAUGGAUUAUAUUUAAUGUUAUAUCUGAUGCUUUUUUUCUUUUUGAUAUUCUUGUCAAUUUUCGAACAGGUGUAUUAAGAAAUGAUUAUAUUGAUGAAAUAAUUCUUGAACCACGUUUAAUAGCAAAAACUUAUAUAAAAACUUGGUUUAUUCUUGAUUUAGUUAGUUCACUUCCAGUUGAUUAUUUUUUUUUAUUACUUGAUACGGGAGAUAAUCCCGGAGGAUAUACAAUAGCACGUACAGGUCGUGCUAUUAAAAUUCUUCGACUUGUUAAAUUACUUUCAUUACUUCGAUUACUUCGAUUAUCACGUCUUGUCAGAUAUAUACAUCAAUGGGAAGAGUUUUUAUCAAUAGCAAGUAUGGUUAUGCGUAUUCUUAAUUUACUAGCAUUAAUUAUAUUAUUGGCACAUUGGAAUGGUUGUUUACAAUUUAUGAUACCAAUGUUUCAAAAUUUUCCAUCCGAUUGUUGGGUUUCAUUAAAUGCUCUUCAAAAUGCUCCAUGGACAGAACAAUAUACAGUUGCAUUAUUUAAAGCUCUUUCACAUAUGUUAUGUAUUGGUUAUGGUCGUUAUCCUCCUCAAUCUUAUGUUGAUAUGUGGUUAACAAUGCUUUCAAUGGUUAUUGGAGCAAUGUGUUAUGCUGUUACUAUUGGACAUGUAUCAGCACUUGUUCAAAGUUUUGAUACAUCAAGACGUUUAUAUAAUGAAAAAUAUAAACAAGUUGAAGAAUAUAUGGCAUGGAGAAAAUUACCAAGAGAAAUGCGUAAUAGAAUAACAGAUUAUUAUGAACAUCGUUAUCAAGGAAAAAUUUUUGAUGAAGAUAAUAUUUUAAAGGAACUUUCCGAAAGAUUAAGAUUGGAUGUUGUUAAUUAUAAUUGUCGAUCUCUUGUAUCAUCGGUUCCAUUUUUUUCAAAUGCAGAUCCAAAUUUUGUUUCUGAUGUUGUUACAAAAUUACGUUUUGAAGUAUUUCAACCAGGUGAUCAAAUAAUAUAUGAAGGAACAAUUGGAGAUAAAAUGUAUUUUAUUCAAGAAGGUGUUGUUGAUAUAAUUAAAUCAGAUGGACAAGUUUUAACAACAUUAUCUGAUGGAUCUUAUUUUGGAGAAAUAUGUUUAUUAACACGAGCUAAACGUGUAGCAGGUGUUCGUUGUGUAACAUAUUGUAAUUUAUAUUCAUUAGAUUCAAGUCAAUUUGAAAGUGUUCUUGAAUCAUAUCCAUUAAUGAGAAGAACAAUGGAAUCAGUUGCUGCUGAAAGACUUAAUAAAUUAGGAAAAAAUCCUUCAAUUAUAUCAACACGAUAUGAUUUAAAACGUGAUGCAGCUGCAUUAAAAGAUAUGAUUGAUCGUGCAACACCUCAACCAUCAAGUGAUGAAUCUGAUCAAGAUGAAAAUGAAUAUGAACAAGAUCAAGAUCAAGAACAAGAUCAAGAAAGAGAAGAAACAAAAUCGAUAUCAUCAUCAUCACAUAGAAGAAAACAAAGUCAUUUUAAAUCUUCAUUAACAUAUAUACAUGAUCAAUUAAAUAAAUCAAAUGAAUAUUUACAACAUUUAAAUAAAAAACGAAUAAAAAAAAAAAAUUCAUUAGAAUCUAAACAAUAUGAUCGAACACAUUUAGCUGCACCAUCAUCAACAUUUAAUAUGUCAAUUGAUCAUAAUAAAUGUCAAUUUCGUAAAUCACCAACAACACCUUUAUCUCUUUUUCGAAGAAUUCCUUCAGCAACAACUUUUUUUUCAAAUCAACCUUGUUAA